AUGGCCCUGCUGAUGCUAUGCUGGGUGUGUGUGAUUGCUCUGUCACUGACGAUGACCACCAGCCAUGCCUUACUAAGGUAACGCCAUCUUUUUAUUUAUGUUUCUGUCACCGUAUGUUGUCUACUCUGCAAUGUGUUAUGAACCUACAUUUUAUGGUCCUACUCUGUAAUGUGUUAUGAACCUAAAUGUUAUGGUCCUACUUUGCAAUGUGUUAUGAACCUAAAUGUUAUGGUCCUACUCUGCAAUGUGUAAUGCUACUUAAAAGUCCAAUGCAGCCUUUUUAUCUCAAUAUCAAAUUAUUUCUGGGUAACAAUUAAAUAACUUACUGUGAUUGUUUUCUAAUUACAUGGUCAAAAAUAAACAAAAAUAGCUUCCUAGCAAAGAGCAAUUUCUCAAGCAAUAAUUUUGCUAGGACUGUCUGGGAGUGGUCUGAGUGGGGAGCAGAAAACUGAAAACUAGCUGUUAUUGGCAGAGACGUUUGGAACUAUUUUUCUUAUUGGUCUAUUAACUUAUUUACUGCCUGGUGAUGUCACCAGGCAGGCCGAGACUCCAUCCCACCAAAAUAGGCUGUAAUUUCAGGCAGUCUUUCCAAACAGCUCUUACAAUAAAAGGGUAUUAUCAAAAUUUUCACAAUUUCACAGUAUUAUUCCAACCUCAUAGUGUGGAAAUAUUUAUAAAACGUGUUUGACUGCUCUGGGCUGUUAAAAUAGACAGUGAAGAAGCUUGAAUGGAUACGUUGAAGUGUUUUAUCAAUUUAAACCAGACUAUUUUGCUAAACUAAAUCAAUAGAGAAUGUGUAUUUUUGGUAGAGCUGUAGAAACAAAAAUGUUAUACAGACAUUGGGGACACAUGGUCUCAUAUCAACAAUGGUCCAUGAUUGCAGAAUGCAUUGUAUACCCCAACCCCUGCUCACUUCCUAUCUAUCAUUCUAUUGGAUGAUCUUUCCUCACUGUUGUCGUCUCUGAUCAGGAUCAGUCUGAAGAAGAUGCCCUCCAUAAGAGAGACCCUGCAUGAGAUAGGUGUGUCCCCAGCGCAGUUAUUCGCUGAAUUGGCCCAGAAGAGCAAAAAUGACCUCUCCCCCAGCAACGGGACAGCCCCCACCCCCCUCACCAACUACCUGGAUGUGAGAGACCCCCUGCACACACUGCACUGACCACGCAUACUGUAGAUGCAAUUGACAUGGGAAUAUUAUGUUCCAAAUGAGAGAACACAAACCACGUGCCAAACUCAGUGGAGUAAAUGAUUCAUUGCCUCUUCUUCUCUCUGCUUCUCAGACCCAGUACUAUGGGGAGAUCAGUAUUGGUUCUCCUGCCCAGAUGUUCAACGUAGUGUUUGAUACAGGCUCAGCCAACCUGUGGGUGCCCUCAUACAGCUGUUCCCCUCUCUAUACUGCCUGCUGUAAGUACAAUGCACACACACACACAAACACACACACCCACACACACACAUUCAGAGGCGCCAUGACCAUAGGGGGCACAGGGGCAAGUGCCCCCUUAGAUUUGUCCUGUUUAAAGAAAAAAAAAAGAUGUUGUUUCUCUGUAAUAUUACUAGCCACCUAGCAAUUUUAUUACGUUGGCUUUAGCUAGCCCAGAUAGGUUUCCAGUUUCCCAACCUCAUUACUAGCUACCAAGAAGCCAUCAAUCAAGUUAGAGUGGCUAGCUUGUCUAACUGCAGGUAACUGCCAAAAUAAAGGAAACACAGGAAUGCAACAUCGUUUUUCCAUGAGAAAUUCCAUAAUUUGGGGCGCAAAUUACCCCCACAGUGCAGUAAUACCCCCACAGUGGUAUUAUUGCACUGUGAUAUAAAAAUUGGCAUCUGUGUGCUUUAGGACAAUGCAGACACCUUAGAGCGGUUGGGUAGGCUGUUUGGCGAUUUCAGACGGCUGGAUUUAGGACCGCGCGGACACUACAGAGUGUGCGGACAGGCUGUGCGAAGGCAAAGCUAUUAAUAUAGGACCAGCACGGUGCUGCUGUCUGCAGCUGCCAUCUCUGUGUAUUACACUUUUUCUCUAAGUUGUAAAAGCAAGCAGAGCAGAAACUCGCUACUCUUUAUUUGACUGAUGCAGCUGGCAAGGUAACUGUUUUUUGACUAAACAGGAAAAAAAAGUAUUUAUUCACAGUGCUGACAUGUAAUGUUAGCUAAUGUUUCAUCCCCUCUCGACUGAAGUUCUUUCUGUAGCUACCACAACCAGUUCAGCUUUAGCCUCUAGCUAUCUGUCAGGUAGCAGCAUCUAGCAGCUGUUGUGUGUAUGGAAAUGUGUUUUAGUAUUUUUGUCCCGUUUCAACAGAAGUAAAUUGACUUGGCUAGUUUUUGCCAGUUGAUGUACCAUUAGAGCUAGCUAGCUCAUUAACUGUAACUAUUAUUUUUACCUCAAUCACACUAGACCUGAAUCAAACGAUGAAACCAGCGGCCAAACUGAAGACCGAUAUUCUGACGUUUUUUGACAGCGCAAUGUGUCACGCCCUGGCUCUGGGGACUCUUGUAUGUUGAGCCAGGGUGUUAGUUUCUUUGUGUAGUGUCUAUGUUUCGUUUUCUAUGUUCACGAUCUAGUUUAAGUGUUUCUAUGUUGGCCGGGGUGGUUCCCAAUUAGAGACAGCUGUGUCUUGUUGUCUCUGAUUAGGAACCAUACUUAGGCAGCCUGUUGUGCACUUGUCUUUUGUGGGAUCUUGUUCCGUGUAGGUUUGUGUAUGACCGAGGACUUCACGUUUCGUUUUGUUGUUUUUGUUAUUUGUAUCGUGUUGCUAAGUACACUAUUAAAGAGAUAUCACGCUGCGCCUUGGUCCACUCAUUAUGACGAUCGUGACAGAAGAUCCCACCAUCAAAGGACCAAGCAGCGUGUCCAGGAGCAGACAGCCUGGACGUGGGAGGAGAUCUUGGACGGGCAGGGGUCCUGGACUUGGGAGGAAAUCCAGGCCGGAAUGGAUCGCCGUCCGUGGGAGGAGAGGGUGGAGGCGCGCCAUAGAGAGGAGCAGUGGCGCCAACCGGGCCGACGUCGGACACGCAAGAGGCAACCCCAAUACAUUUUUUGGGGGGGGCACACGGCAUGGACGACGGGGCUGCUGGAGGCAGCUACGGGGCGAGUUUGGGGAUUGGGAGAGGAAGCCACCGGGUUUGGGGGGCUGGAAGGGAGGUUGGCGUAGCCUAGAGGUAGAGCAGAGCCAACUCCCCGUACUCAGGCUAGGCAGCGUGAGACUGGGCAGGUUCCGAGCUGUGCGGAGCUGCGUACUGUGCCACGAGUGGUCCGGCACAGUCCGGUACGUCCUGUGCGAGCACCACGCACGUGUCGUGCUAAGGUGGGCAUGUAGCCAGGACGGAGUGUGCCGGCUCAACACUCGUGGCCUCCAGUACCCCUCCUCGUCCCAGAUAUCCUGCGCCAGUGUCACGUGCUGUAGUGCCAGUACGAGUACACAGCCCUGUACGUCCUGUGCUGAUGCCUCACACAGAGUGUGUAAAAAUAGGCAUUCAGCCAGGACGGAUUGUGUCAGCUCUUCGCUCCAGACCUCCAGUCCGUCUCCACAGCCCGGUCCGGCCCGUUCCUGCUCCCCGCACCAAGGCUGUGGUGCGUGUCGCCAGCCCGGUCCGGCCUGUUCCUGCCCCUCGCACCAAGCCUGUGAUGCGCGUCGCCAGCCCGGCCCGGCCUGUUCCUGCCCCUCGCACCAAGCCUGUGGUGCGCAUCGCCAGCCCGGCCCGGCCUGUUCCUGCUCCUCGCACCAAGCCAAUGGUGCGCGUCGCCAGCCCGGCCCGGCCUGUUCCUGCUCCCCGUACCAAGCCUAUGGUGCGCAUCGCCAGCCUGGCCCGGCCUGUUCCUGCUCCCCGCACCAAGCCUGUGGUGCGCGUCGCCAGCCCGGCACGGCCCGUUCCUGCUCCCCGCACCAAGCCAAGGGUGCGCUUCGUCAGCCCGGUCCAGCCCAUUCCUGUUCCCCGCACCAAGGCAAUGGUGCGCGUCGUCAGCCCGGCCCGGCCUGUUCCUGCUCCCCGCACCAAGCCUGUGGUGCGCGUCGCCAGCCCGGUCCGGCCUGUUCCUGCUCCCCGCACCAAGCUUGUGAUGCGCGUCGCCAGCCCGGUCCGGCCCGUCCCUGCUCCCCGCACCAAGCCUGUGGUGCGCGUCGUCAGUCCGGGACAGCCCGUGCCUGCUUCACCGGUGCCUGGUCAGGUACCGGUCAGCUGCUCCACACCGGAGCCUAAGCAAUCCGCUCCACCGAUGUCCAGUCCAGCUCCAGCCAGCGGGACCAGACCAGGGGCGCUACGGGGGGGUUGUUAGAGGGUGGUGGUCACGCCCGGAGCCGGAUCCGCCUCCGAGGUGGAAUGCCCACCCGGCCCCUCCCCUGUUGGGUUUUUGUUGGCGCGGUCGCAGUCCGUUAUUUGUAUCGUGUUGCUAAGUACACUAUUAAAGAGAUGUACGCAUAUCACACUGCGCCUUGGUCCACUCAUUAUGACGAUCGUGACACAAUGUGAGUUUUAUUAGUCAGUAUAGCAAUGUAACGUUAUUGAUCUGUCAGUUUCCCUAGCAAAUUCCCUACUUUUCACACUGACACGGUAUAAACAGCUCUACAGGCUACACUGUCAUGGUGCACAGUCAGCACACAACACUAUAUUCAUCAUGUCUUAGCAGGAUCAGAUGGUGUCAGGUGUCCCAGCAGGGUCAGACAGCCAGGGAAGACCAGUCUAUGGAGCUAAGGUACAUUUUGCAGUAUAUUAUUAUAACAAUCAGUGAAUGGAUACAAAGUUCCAUCUUGAGUUGAUGGGUAGGCUACAGCCUGGGAUCUGCGAAUGAUGGUCAUUUCAAUUGUUCAACCAUUGAUUCUAUUACUGGAUAAUAUAAUGUGUAAAUGUACACCAAGGUAAUUCUUUGUCAUGCCUCAUCUGAGCAGGAUCAGAUGGUGACAGGGGCCUCAGCAGGGUCAUGCAACCAGGGGGAGACCAGUCUGUGACGGCGCUGAGGUGAACUUUUUGCAGAUACAACACUUUAUUAACACUGGACAAGCCAGAAGCUUAAAAGAUUGAAACUAUUUUAAGGCAGUCUAACAAACCUCUAAAGUUGAUUUCCAAACUGUAUCAAGGGUUGAUAGAGGCUUUUCCAGUUGACACAAAACAUGUCAAACAAAAAAAGACCUGGGAAGCACUAUUGAUGAUGAUGAAUGUAUACAAAUAAAAUGAAAUCAAAUUUUAUUUGCCACAUGCGCCAAAUACAACAGGUGUAGACAUUACCGUGAAAUGUAUACAGGUAUGUUUGAAUGCCCAGUCAUGGUCAUAUAAUCUCAGACAUAAAUUACUGCAGUUUAAGACCAUCCAUAGAACAUACUAAAUCAAAUUAAAUCAAAUUUUAUUUGCAAAUAGAUUCUUUUUUUCAUGGCACAUGAGACACCUGUCUGAUUUGUGCCUGUCUCAGUGAACUAAUCCAUUGAGGAUGCCGAGGUGAUGCCACAGUCCAAGAAUAUGGGGAUUGUGGCUCAGAUGCACAAGGAACGUCUCUCUCCAGAACGCGCUCUCUCUCGCCAUUUCGUGGGUUCAUGGUUUCAUAAACUUCUGUGCAAUUGCUGUGUCUAUCAAUUCCCCAUUACAUAUAUCACCAGUACUAGCUUACAUUUACCGUUAAUUCCUAUAAUUUCUAAUUUAUUAGAAUGUUUGUUUGGUUAUGGUCAUUUCUGUUCAUGCAUUCAAUAUAUUAUUAUUACAGUCAUUUACUAUUCUCGUUGUCGGAGUGGACAUGUGUUUUGAAGAACUCACAACCUACAGGUCCCCUGUAGCUCAGUUGGUAGAGCAUGGCGCUUGCAACGCCAGGGUUGUGGGUUUGUUUCCCACGGGGGGCCAGUAUGAAAAUGUAUGCACUCUCUAACUGUAAGUCGCUCUGGAUAAGAGCGUCUGCUAAAUGAUGUAAAUGUAAACUGAGAAAAGUUUUUGUUUAUUUUAUUCCAUUAAUGAGUUUUGUCAAUUUAUUCAUCGUCUUUUGUUUGAAACGCUCCCGUCAAUGUUAAGUAAGGACACACACAUAGAAGUAGGACUAGUCUACCUGGCCUGCGCACAAAUGUAGGCCUUUAAAUGUGCCCAUUUUGGGAUGUCUGGUAGUACUUCUGACUGCCUUAACUCACCACCACUAAUGAGCUGUGGAGCUUCUCAAAGUCAUUUUUCUUAAUCUCAAACAGCAAGUAAAUGAAGUCUGUUUUUAGAAUCAAUUCAGAAUGGCAAUAGUUCAACAAAGUAUUUCAACAAUAUUUCCAGCUCUCUCCCUUUCAAUAACCACUCGGCAUAAAAGGGAUAGAUGUAAUGCUCUGAUCCAGUGGAAACGUCAUAAAAUACCUGAAUACUUAUUUUCCCUUGCACCAAUAGCCUACAGCUGUGUCUGUCCUGAGCUCACUGGCGCAGGAAACUGAGGGCCCAGAAUAUUUUAUACAAUGUUUCAAGUUUGCUAGUGCAAGUUUCUGGGAGACCCAGUUGAUAGUUGAUACAAUGUUUCAAGUUCGUUGCAGACAGGCCAUGCAUAGCCAAUGUGAUUUAAAGGAUAUUUAUUUUCAUCUGGAUAUUUUCUACCUUCAGGUUGCAAUGUUUUUAUGUGUUGGCUUUAUGUUGGCUAUUUUUACAUAGUUGGCAAUGGUAAUAAAAGUUACUUUUAGAUUUGUAUAAUUUUCAUUUAGAUUUAGAAUGUAGAUUAACCACAGACAAUGAUUUUGAGAUACAAAGACUAUUAUAAUGAAAUGUUCCACGAAAAAUCAUAACUGGCACGCAGAUUGGUAGAAAUUAUAAGAUAAAUUGGCACUCCAAAUGGAAAAGGUUGCUGACUGCUGGUGUAGCCUAUUACCGGCAACUUCAGGAGCGUAAGAGCCAACUUAUGUUUGAUCCGAAAAUGUGGUCGGCGGCGCCAUAUGGAUGGUGUGAUGCAAUUGCACACACACUCACUUCCUUGACAACUUCCUUCACAACAGCUCUGCAGUGCUCCGUGAAGCGCAAUAAGUAUGAAUGCCCUGACUUCUGCAGAGGCCGUAUCACCGUAAAUGCUGCACGGCCAAUGCAGACGUGGGAUUGACCAUACAGCGCCUUUAAUGGCAGAAUCUGCGAAGGCCAGCAGCAGCGGGAGAAGGAGGGUCGGGAACAGGUUUUUAUCUUCUGGUUAGGCUAUCUUGAUCUCUGGCUCUCUCUUGAGUCAUUUGUGUGUCUUAAUUAUUUAAUCAAACAGCGUGCUUAAAUCAUCAGACAAGUUCAGUAUAUAGUAGAUUUGAUUAAAACACAAAGGUUGUGUCUAUAUAUGGAAAAAUACACGUUUAACAUUUUUGACCAAUCGAUUGGUCGAAAGAAAAGACUACUCUUGGUUGACCAAGAUGUUUUUUUGUCUGGUACAGCCCUAGUAGAAAUGCAGGAAAUGAGCUUUUGAGGCCAAAAACCAGUUGAGGGAGGACCUCCGCCAGGUUAUGUCCAUUCAGUGACCACUCGUGCCCUGUGGAUAGGGGCAUUGUCAUCCUAUGGGGGUAUAGCCAUGGUAUCUAAAAUAAUGGCCAAAAUAAUGGCCUGCCCAGCAAUUUUAUACAUGCCCCUAAGCAUGAUGGGAUGGUAGCCCUUUCCUGCAGUCAAAUGACCUAGUGGCCUCAUGGGUGGAAUGUUAUUAAUAUUUUUCAGAAUUUCAGAAUUAAUCAACAUUAUUAUUUAUUUAGUUUAACAAACGGUUUUGUUAUAAUUCAGUCUUCUGUGAUGUGUAUAAAGUGUAAUAUUGAGAUGCAAACUCAAAAUUGAAUAGAUUUCAACUCUAUAUCUGACAUGGUACAGGUGUCUUUUUUUAAGCCCAUAGCCAUGUGUGUGAGGUGUAUACUUUUGUUACAAAGUAGAUUUGUUUAAGACUACCAAGAAACUUGAUUUAGCCCACUGCAGUGAAAGGUUAAUUGCUUAGUUAAUUCAGGAACCGCAGUGCUAGCUGUGCCACUAGAGAUCCUGGUUCGAAUCCAGGCUCUGUCGUAGCUGGCCGCGACCGGGAGACCCAUGGGGCGGCGCACAAUUGGCCCAUCGUCGUCCAGGGUAGGGGAGGGAAUAGCCGGCAGGGAUGUAGCUCAGUUGGUAGAGCAUGGCGUUUGCAACGCCAGGGUUGUGGGUUCAAUUCCCACGGGGGGCCAGUAUAAAAAAUUAUGUAUGCACUCACUAACUGUAAGUCGCUCUGGAUAAGAGCGUCUGCUAAAUAUGUAAAAUGUAAAUGAACCACGUGUGGAAGCACCUGCUUUCAAUAUACUUUGUAUACCUGAUUUACUCAAGUGUUUCCAUUAUUUUGGCAGUUAGCUGUAUUUUAGCUGGCAUGUCUGCUGGCAAGGAUGGUAGACUUUAGAAAGGCGAGCAAUAACUAAAUGUACUGAAUAAGACUCACAUUCCUUUCAAUCUUUUACCCAGAUUUUAGCAUAGCUGCAGAGAAGCAUAUUAAGUGUAUUUUUUUUAAAGAACCACCAGUCAGGAGGAUACAGACAGCUCAGGAGGUAUGCUUAGAUAUGCGGAAAAAUAGACAUAUUUUUCACAUAGAAUUAAGCAUACUGAUUGUGGCUCUAGAUAGCAGGAAAAAUGUGUUUGAAAAAUUUUAAUUUCUCAAAAUUCUCAAUCGCCUAGCCAUCCUCACAUACUUUGUGCCACCUCAGAUUUUUGAGGUGCAUGACACCCCUACACACAUUCACACACGCACACAGACACACACACACACACACACACACACACAUUUUAAAUACUUUAUUUGAAUCCACCAAUCAAAUUUACAAAAAAAGGAUCCAUGGCACUCAAGGGUACAGUAAGCACCUCCUUCUCCAAACAGCUAGGCUGCCCACGACAGCUGAACAGAACAGUACCUAGCCAAUUGCUUUGCCCUAGUUUUUGUCAGGCCCGCAAUCUGGAGGCUGCCGAAUAUCAGCACAACCAGCACAACCAGCUAGCACCUAAACCCGAGGCUGUCCAAGCAUGCCACGAGGGGCUGGUACUUAUGCAGCUUUUCGGCAAAGGCCUGCUCCAUGUAGCCGUCAAAUGAGCAGCCCACUUCCUAAAUGAGCACCUCCUCCUGGCCUCCCACACACAUACACAUAAAAGCUGUAUGUUUGAUUGCUUCACCAGAGAUAAGCAUGUUCCCGGACAAUGAUGACUCAAUGACCUUUGAACUCACAGUUACCCACAACAGAUACGACGGUUCCAAGUCCCGGACGCACGUCAAGAACGGGACAGGUUUCUCCAUCCAGUAUGCCUCUGGAAACAUCCGGGGAUUCCUGAGUGAGGAUGUGGUUGUGGUGAGUGUAACAUUAUACCACUCUAAGAAAAUAACCUUCCUACCCUUUCUCCUCACCUGUUUCCUAUCAUCCCUUUUUAUCGUGCUUUUUUGUGAUCAAUAUGGGAAUAAUACACUGCUCAAAAAAAUAAAGGGAACACUUAAACAACACAAUGUAACUCCAAGUCAAUCACACUUCUGUGAAAUCAAACUGUCCACUUAGGAAGCAACACUGAUUGACAAUAAAUGUCACAUGCUGUUGUGCAAAUGGAAUAGACAACAGGUGGAAAUUAUAGGCAAUUAGCAAGACACCCCCAAUAAAGAAGUGGUUCUGCAGGUGGUGACCAUAGACCACUUCUCAGUUCCUAUGCUUCCUGGCUGAUGUUUUGGUCACUUUUGAAUGCUGGCGGUGCUUUCACUCUAGUGGUAGCAUGAGACGGAGUCUACAACCCACACAAGUGGCUCAGGUAGUGCAGCUCAUCCAGGAUGGCACAUCAAUGCGAGCUGUGGCAAGAAGGUUUGCUGUGUCUGUCAGCGUAGUGUCCAGAGCAUGGAGGCGCUACCAGGAGACAGGCCAGUACAUCAGGAGACGUGGAGGAGGCCGUAGGAGGGCAACAACCCAGCAGCAGGACCGCUACCGCCACCUUUGUGCAAGGAGGAGCAGGAGGAGCACUGCCAGAGCCCUGCAAAAUGACCUCCAGCAGGCCACAAAUGUGCAUGUGUCUGCUCAAACAGUCAGAAACAGACUCCAUGAGGGUGGUAUGAGGGCCCGACGUCCACAGGUGGGGGUUGUGCUUACAGCCCAACACCGUGCAGGACAUUUGGCAUUUGCUAGAGAACACCAAGAUUGGCAAAUUCGCCACUGGCGCCCUGUGCUCUUCACAGAUGAAAGCAGGUUCACACUGAGCACAUGUGACAGACGUGACAGAGUCUGGAGACGCCGUGGAGAACGUUCUGCUGCCUGCAACAUCCUCCAGCAUGACCGGUUUGGCGGUGGGUCAGUCAUGGUGUGGGGUGGCAUUUUUUUGGGGGGCCGCACAGCCCUCCAUGUGCUCGCCAGAGGUAGCCUGACUGCCAUUAGGUACCGAGAUGAGAUCCUCAGACCCCUUGUGAGACCAUAUGCUGGUGCGGUUGGCCCUGGGUUCCUCCUAAUGCAAGACAAUGCUAGACCUCAUUUUUUUGAGCAGUGUAGUAGACAUUGCCCAUAAGUACUGAUCUACCGUAGGAUUAUCUUACUAGGGGAAAACCUAGAUCUAGGUUUUGAGGGACAGUUAUAUCUUACUCUGUGCAUUCUCUAGGUGGGUGGCAUCCCAGUGGUCCAGGUGUUUGCGGAGGCCACAGCCCUGCCUGCCAUCCCCUUCAUCUUUGCCAAGUUUGACGGGGUCCUUGGGAUGGGCUACCCCAACGUGGCCAUCGACGGCAUCACCCCUGUGUUCGACCGCAUCAUGUCCCAGCACGUCCUCAAGGAUGAGGUCUUCUCUGUUUAUUACAGCAAGUAGGGGAUAUCAUUGUCACUGUUCAUACAGGGCCCGAUUCAGACUUGAGAUAAGUAGACUUCUUUUUACUUAAAGGUCCAAUGAAGCCGUUUUUAUCUCAAUAUCAAAUAAUUUCUAGGUAACAAUUACGUACCUUACUGUGAUUGUUUUCAAAUGAAAAUGGUCAAUAAGAAACAAACAUAGCUUCUUAGCAAAGAGCAAUUUCUCAAGCAAUAAUUUAGCUAGGACUGUCUUUGAGUGGUCUGAGUGGGGAGGGGAAAACUGAGAACUAGCUGUUAUUGGCAGAGAGGUUUGGAACUCUCUUUCUUAUUGGUCUAUUAACUAAUUUAUUUGCUGGUGAUGUCACCAGGCAGGCCGAGACUCCAUCCCACCAAAACAGGCUGAAAUCUCAGGCAGCCUUUUCAAACAGCUCUUACACUAAAAGGGCAUUAUCAUAAUUUUCACGAUUUCACAGUAUUAUUCCAACCUCGUGUGGAACACAGGAACAUCACGUUUCUGACUGCACUAGGCCUUUAAGUCCAUGUUACCUCAAGUCUGAAUCGGGCCCAUAAAACUCACACAAGUAGGUCUUAGUGGGUUGCACAUUUCAUCAAAAUAUUGUUUUGAACAUUCGUUUUAGGACUGAUGCCCGACUGAGCAUUCUACUCAAUGCAUUGUCAAUUGGGGCUGAUGAUUUCAUCAAAAGUGCAUUACAGCAGCUUAGAAAAACAAUGACAUUUCUAAAGGAUGCAAAUAAUUAGGUGGAAAAUGAAGUGGAAACAACGUUGAUUCAAUCAGUUUUUGCCCAGUGGGUAGCCCCCAUUCAGAAUGACUGGGCUUAUCAUGACUUUUGGGCACCCCAAUGUCGGAGGGCGGUUUGAGAACGUGCACAACAAUGGCAUGAUGUGACGGAGCUGCAACCUAUGAAUAGCAAUCGUGCAAUCUUUUUUUUUCUCUCAGAGACCCAAUGCACAAACCAGGUGGAGAGCUAGUGAUGGGAGGAACAGACCCAGACUACUAUACUGGUACCUUCAACUACAUGGGCACCAGUGAGGCAGGAAAAUGGGAGGUCAACAUGAAAGGGUGAGAUGUGACAGUUAUGUGUGUACGUGUGCAUGUGCAACAGUGGAGGCUGGUGGGAGGAGCUAAAGGAGGACUGGCUCAUUGUAAUGGCUGGAAUGGAAUAAAUGGAAUGGUUUCAAACAUUUGGAAACCACAUUUUUGACUCUGUUCCAUUGAUUCCAGUCCAGCAAUUACAAUGAGCCCGUCCCCCUAUAGGUCUUCCCACCAACCUCCACUGAUGUGCAAGUUGUGCGUCUGUCUGUCUGUCUGUCUGUUUGUUUGUUUGUUUAUCUGUGGGCCAGUAUAUGCACAUUUGCCUGUGUCAAUGAACUUUACAUGUGUGUGUCAUUUUCUCUCUCUCUUUUUCUCUUUCUCCCCUUCCCUCUCUCCCAGGGUGACAGUGGGGGAGGAGAUGCUGUUCUGUAAGGAGGGCUGUACGGCAGUGAUUGACACAGGCUCCUCCUACAUCACAGGCCCCGCCUCCUCUGUGUCUGUACUGAUGAAAACCAUUGGAGCCACAGAGCUGGCAGAGGGAGGGGUAUGUACAUCACAGAGCCACAUACUGUAUAUUUAUUGCCUAAAUGGUCUGUUAACUAGCAUCUUCCCUUACCUUAUCUUAUGGGUGGACUAAGAUGUGUUGUUUGUUCUCUUUUCAGUACACUGUAAACUGUGACCUGGUGAAGUCCUUACCCAGUGUCACCUUCCACCUCGGAGGCCAUGAGUACGCACUCACUGAGGAGGACUACAUCUUAUGGGUAAGCAACAUGGAAAUUGGCACAACUGGGAUAUACUGUACAGAUACAGGGCGAUUGUCAUGUUUACCUUUGCAGCUACUAUGUCAUGUUUAUUUUGUGCUUAUAGAUGUGACAUGUAUGUUUUAUAAAUACGCAUUUAUGGAAGUCUUUACCAGUAUUUUUUUAUGAUUUGCUCUCCGUCUGCAGCAAUCUCAGUUUGGAGAGGACAUCUGUAGUGUGACCUUUAGGGGUUUGGAUGUGCCGCCCCCUACUGGCCCUAUCUGGAUCCUGGGAGCCAACUUCAUUGCCCGCUACUACACAGAGUUCGACCGUCGCAACAACCGCAUAGGCUUCGCCACAGCAGUCUGACAGGAUCGUCCGCUUAGCCACCAAGCUUUCACUCUCUCUUGCUCUUAUUCCUUCUUUCUCUCUAUGUCUCUGUUACAGUCUCUUAAAACCAGCCUGUAUUUCUCCCUCACACUCUUACUCUAUCAUUGCGUUUCUCUUUCUCUCUCUUUCUCUGUCUAUUUAUCACAGGGCCUGCCCUUUGUCCCCAUAUUUUUUACACUUCUUGCAUUCUGCCAUGUCAAGUCAUCAUUUUGAAUUCAAUCUGUGCCAAUUGCACUUUUCACCUCGUAUUACCCAAUCAGAAUACAUCUUUGUUUUUAGUUGACGAGUAUUGACGUGCUGCUAACAUCACACUUAUUUUGUGUU